CAAUCCAUCACUAUUGGGGGAGACAGAGAGCGCAAACCCUGCACGUGUUAGGGAGCACCGUGUAGUUGUUAUAACACGGCUCUCACCCACCCCCGUAUGCACCAGCUCCGUGGGCGCCGUACGAGGACGGGACUCGCUGCAUACACGAGAACCGACCACACUAUGGGGGAGUGAUGGCGGCCACGGAGUGUUACAUCGUCCACGAGAUCUACAACGGCGAGAAUGCACAGGAGCAGUUUGAGUACGAGCUGGAGCAGGCUCUGGAGGCGCAGUACCGCUACAUCGUAAUCGAACCCACGCGCAUCGGAGAUGAGACGGCCCGCUGGGUGGCCGUGGGAAACUGCCUGCACAAAACCGCUGUUCUGGCAGGGGCCGUGUGCCUCCUGACGCCGCUCGCCCUUCCCGCCGACUACUCCCGUUACGUGGCGCUCCCCGCUGGCACUCUGAGCCUUGCCUGCGCCGCGCUCUACAGCAUCUCCUGGCAGUUCGACCCCUGCUGCAAAUACCAGGUGGAGUACGACAGUCAGAAGCUCUCGCGGCUGCCGCUGCACACACUCACCUCCUCCUCGCCGGUGGUUCUGGUUCGACGGGACGACGUGCACAGAAAGAGACUGCACAACACGAUAGCGUUGGCGGCCCUGGCGUACUGUGCCAAGAAGAUCUAUGAACUGUACGCCGUAUGAGCGCUAUGGCACAUGCACACGCACACACACACAUACAGAUACUGAUACAUGCGUACACAAACACGCAGCAGGGAGGUGAGAAGCACUACUAAACACCCAACACUGGCAGAUACACACUUACACACCAAACAAAACAUAUGGAUGGACCGACGGAGAGAGUGAUCGAAAAACAAAAGGAGGUGGCGAGAGACGCGGCGCUCUCUCUGUUACGCUUUUUCAGCGUUUUGCUUUCAAUCGGUUAAACAUUGGACAGAUUGACGGAUGGAUGGAUGUAAGAGAGGAAGGGUGGGGGGGAGCUUAUAGUUCUGAAUGAAUCUUCCUCUUUUCUCUGUACUUUAAAAGUGAUAUCACCAGUGCACUUGAGCCCCCCUUCCCUGCGCCUGUCCAGCCCCUUCCUUUGUCCCAGCGGCCCUCCCAAAACGUCACCUGCCACCCACACGGAGCUUCCGCACCCGGGCGGUGACCUGUCGGACUGAACGUGUGGUGGACAGACAGACAGAUCAAGUUUUAAGAAUGACCUUUGAAACCUCUUUUCUCCCUCUGUGUAGUUUUACCGUACCCUGCCUUUGGUGCGUCACCUUUUCAUUAAACAGUAGGAGAUUUAACCUCA